CUGUCGGCCCUUUUGCGACCCUCAUUUCGGCCCCUCGGGCUGCCGCGUUUUUGUGGGCUUGGGGGAGACUUGUUCAUUUUGUUUUUCUUUUUUUAGAACCGUUUUUUACGCUUAAAGAGCAGAGGCAGCCCAAAAGGAAGCGGACAGGAUAGCUCUUUUGUUGGUUGUUUUCUAUUCUAUCGCAAUACCCUUUGACACGGGGAUAUUCGCUGCCCAGUGUCAUCUCGUUCAUAUCACACUAACUUGAGACAACGAUGCUCCAACUUCUUUCCACUGUUGACCGCUAUCAGCACUCGACGAUCACGAAUCCUAGCCUUGCUUUUCCCCACCUCGUCGUCUCCUGGGCUUCUCUUUUCUUUAUUGCCUACAAGGUUGCCCGGAGACUUCUAACGCCGACAGCACCAUACUCUCUCCCUUUCCUGCCGCUCACAGCUUCCCCACAGUCAGUAGAAGAAUGGGCGAAUAGGACUGUAUCAAUCGUGCAUGCUUUGCUUGCUUGUUGUGGGUGUGUGCAUUGGGUCAUUGCGGAAAAGCACCUGUUGGUUCGGCCAGAGGACUAUGGGUAUCUCCGCUCGAACGUGUGUGAUUUUUACCUCGGCGUCACGCUCGGCUAUCUCCUCUUUGAUCUCCUCCGACUCUGUUACUACCGCUUUCUCGUUCUUGCAAAUCAAUCGCUCACCUCGGCGCCGGUCACAUCCAUGUUCAUCCACCACGCCGUCAUCAUUGUUGCAUAUUAUCUCGGCGUGACAUACCACUAUGGAACAUUCUACAUGGGCCUGCUCCUUAAUAAUGAAAUCACUACACCGUUCUUGAAUGUGCGAUUUCUGAUGGCUGAGAGGGGUUGGAAGACAGGGAAUGCGUACAAGUUGAACGAAGCGGCUUUUGUGAUUGGAUUCUUUAUCAGUAGGGUAUUGGGGAACAUUUGGAUAUUAUGGCACAUGCAGACCCAUUUGCGGUAUUUCGCACCCGUGGCGACGAAUCAAGGCCUCCCUAUUCCCAUUUUCUACCUCCUUCCCGUCCUCGCGUAUGCCCACGGUGCGCUCCAAUUCUACUGGUUCGCCCUUCUCAUGCGCAUGGUGUACCGCAAAAUCACCUACGGCCAGCGAACCACCGGCCCACCAAGCGGGGAUGCGGUAAUGAAAUCGGAUCUCGUGUCGCAACCAGGAAGCGAAAAAGUUUUGGUCUUCGAUCCCCCUGUUGCACCCAACGUCAAGUCUUCCAAAUUGCUGGGGUUACCACCUGCGGGAGUCACUGGAAAGGCAAUUAGGAAGCUGGGGUUGGUGGAGGUCGCAAAUGAAAAGGCAGCGGAGGUGUUGGGCUUGAGGACGACACCGCCUUUGUCCAGGAGGAAGCGGCAAUCAAGCUCUGAUUAGUUUUAGCCAAUGGAUUCAUGUGAUGGGAGAAAGAUAUCCGAGGUCAUCGUAAUUCGUGCACGCUACGGCUGCGAUAACCUUCAUCCUGCACAAAUUUCGUUAUUCUACGGAGAUCCUCCAACGGCCACUUUCUGGUUUCACGUCUGUCCUGCGGGACGUAUAUCAUAUGACAUUAGAUUUCAAGCAUAAGUGGAGAGUGUUGGGGCAUGGGGAAGAAGUGAUUCGGUAGCCGCAUGCAUCUUAUGUUCAACUGCUUUGAAUUAUUCAUCAAUGUGACGCAUUCACUCAAUUUUUUAUCCUUUAUCUUGGUCUGCUCUUUCAAAAUAGCCAAAAUGUAUUUACAUUAAAAGAAAUCAUAUGCUACAAAUAUUUUAAC